AUGACGCGCGCAUCAUAUCUGAGAGCUCCGUGUCCCCAUGAUCAUGAACUUUGGGAGCAAGUCCUUGAAAGUGAACGGCAAGGCUAUGCAAGUCUCAUUAUAUUAGAAGCAAAUGCCAAGAUUCGAAUGCAGGAUCAAACGACAUUAACCAUUCAUGAGUUAGCGGAUGGCAUAGUUCCGUUGUUUCAAACAUUGAGGAUAUAUUACACAAGCAAAGAACAUUCUUUUGGACUGUCAGUGCAUCAAAAACAUACAGAUGCAAAGUAUGUGAACCAGCGUAAUAAGAAUAGUUUGUUCAAAUGUGUACGGCCAUUCCAGUUUGAGACUGACCAUUAUAAUUCUGCAGACUUUCCUAAAGAACGAAUGAUUGACAAGAGCUCAAAAUAG